GAAGAAUUGAUGAGAUCACAGCUAUGACUGCAUCUGAAUUCUCUAGUUUUACCAUCCAUUGAAAUAACUAGAUACUUCUCAGCUGUAUAAACACUGCCCUGGGCAACUGGCCCUAAGGUGCCCUGUUUUAAAUUUACUAGUUGUUUUAUUUCCUUAUGGAAAAAGACAGUUUCCAGAAGUCAGAAUUAGAGAAAAGUAGAUCUUCCAAAAGAACUACUCAAAGAAUUAUACAUUUCGUUGAUGGAGACAUCAUGGAAGAAUAUAGCACAGAGGAGGAGGAAGAGGAACAGAAAACAAAUUCAACACAUGAACCUUCUAAACUUUCAUGGCAUUCAUACCUAUGGUUUUGGGCAGGGCAAAUAGCAAGCACCUCAUUUUCAACAUGUGAAUAUCUUGGUGGAAGAUUUGCUACCUUCUUUGGUCUCACUCAACCUAAGUAUCAGUACGUGUUAAAUGAGUACCAUAGAACACAAAAUAAGGAAAGUGACAAGGAAAGUGAAGGGAAUGCAGCAAAGGCCCAGCCAGCCACGGUUCCCAAUGAAAAGUGUCACCUGGAGGCUGGGGGCCAAGAGUAUGGAACGAGACAGCGGGACACCACAGACGGGGCUCUUCAGUGGAGCGCCUCAUCCUGGGAGGGUCUGGCAGCUGAUUUCAGCUCAUAAUGGGCAGCAGGACUAUGGUUCCUCUGGAUGUCUGUCCACCACCACUGAUGGCCAUGGCAGCAGCCAGUCCUGAUCUUCAUCUCCUUGUUAUUUAUUCUCUAGCAUCCAGUGAUUGCAAAGCAGUGAUGAGAAUAAUUAUGGAUGCUUUACAGUUUUAUAAGCCCCCAACGUAACUCCCCCCUACUCCCCUCCCUAGCUGUGGUCUAUUAGUAUUGACAUUUGCACAGAAGUGUAAAUGCCUUAAGGAAUUUGGAUCUGACAGUUUGGGGGCUGAACUCUUCAUCAUGUGGCUAGGGUGCAGAAAAGUAUCUCUGUUCCUCAGAAGAAACAUUGGGCAUCACGAAGUCUAAAUAAGUCUCCUUUCAAGGUUUGAUGUAAGGUGGGUGCUUCCCAGUAGCCACCCCGGCUUAGUUCAGGCUUGCUUUACACUAAGCAAACACUGCUAGUAAUUCUAUUUCAAUACGUCAAAGUCUUUGAGAACUGGGUGCAUUUCCCUCCACACAAUUAAAAAAAAAAAUCUAAACUCUAGAAAAAGCAUUUGGAAAAAUGGAUGAGUUUGUUUAUUUGUCAGCAAAAUUUCAAAACCUGGAAAGAUCAAACAUGGAAAUCAUAGCUAGAUAUCACUGGUCGAGCUGGCCAGAGGAGGCUGUGACAUGACAGAAAAACACAGGACUUGUAGUAAUAAGACCUGAGGUCAAGUCUUAAUUCUCCCAUUUACGAGCUAUGUGAUUUUAGGUGUCCAUGUGGUGGCAUAUAUUUUUUCCUCAAGGGUUGUUGUUAGACAAAAUGAGAUAAUAAAGGUGGAAACACUUUUAAAAGUGAU